GUUGCCCCCACUGGAUUUACUGACUGGGCCAACGAUACAGCAGCAUACACUGGUGUUGGUUUGACAGUCUGUGGCCAACUCUGUCUUUCGUCGUGAAUUGUAGCGUGUUCUUGCUACAAACAAGAUGUGUGUAUAAUUUUGGAAAGGCGAAAAGAACGGGAGAUUAGGAUUGAAAACAUUUCGGCGCGGCGUUCUUCAGAGGAAAGGAUUCUUUCGCGGUGGCGGAUUUUUUUGUUGUUGCCUGUAGCAAUUUCAUUGGCUGUUGUGGACAUUUUGGAUUUAUUUUAAUGUUCCUUUUUUAAAUAUUUUUAACCCAAAUAUCUUAUCAAAUCGAAUACUUGUGUGUCCCCCGUUUUAUUGUAGUCAUUACUUUUUGUUUGUUGUCUGACACACUGGACACCGUUUUUCAGCGAGACGCAAACUCGGAAUGCUGAACAAGUUUCGAGGGGAUUGGUCUCGACAGAAUGCGUUUGCUAACUGGAUAGCUAGCCAGUUAUCUAGCUAGCUAACGCUAAGUGUACUUUGAGUGGAUGCUUGAAACGUAGUCGGCUAGCGAAUAUAUAUAUAUAUAUAUAUAUAUAUAUACAGUUUAAAAGUUUCGUGGUCUUUAAGCAAUUUCUGGACUAUAUAACUAAUUCGACAUCAUUUUACGAUAAGCACCUGUGCUGCUGUUGGGUCUCUCACCUGCCAUCAGCUGGGAUCCAGGGGCCUAGGUCAUAAAUGACAAGUGCCUGAGGAUGUCGAGCAAGCGGAACCUGUUUGUGCGUCUGGUGCCGUGCCGCUGCCUGCGGGGGGAGGAGGAGGCGGUGACGUCUCUGGACUACUCCCACUGCAGCCUGGAGACUGUGCCCAAGGAGAUCUUCAGCUUGGAGAAGACCCUGGAGGAGCUCUACCUGGACGCCAACCAGAUCGAGGAGCUGCCCAAACAACUGUUCAACUGCCAGUUGCUCCACCGGCUGAGCAUGCCAGACAAUGACCUCACGGUGCUGCCUGCGGCCAUCGCCAACCUCGUCAAUCUCAGGGAGCUGGACGUCAGCAAGAACAGUAUCCAGGAGUUUCCAGAAAAUAUCAAGAACUGCAAAGUCCUGGCUAUCGUUGAAGCGAGUGUGAAUCCCAUCUCCAAGCUCCCAGAAGGUUUCACCCAGCUCCUCAGCCUGUCACAGCUCUACCUGAAUGACGCCUUCCUCGAGUUCCUUCCAGCCAGCUUCGGCAGGUUGACUAAACUGCAGAUCCUGGAGCUGAGAGAGAACCAGUUAAAGAUGCUGCCAAAAAGUAUGCACAAGCUCACCCAGUUGGAGAGGCUGGACUUGGGGAGUAACGAGUUCACUGAAGUGCCUGAGGUAUUGGAGCAGCUCACUGGAAUCAAAGAGCUGUGGAUGGAUGGAAACAGACUGACGUUCCUACCAGGGAGGCUGGGCACUCUGAAGCAGCUGUCCUACCUGGACGUGUCCAAGAACAACCUGGAGAUGGUGGACGAGCAGAUCUGUGGCUGUGAGAGCCUGCAGGACCUGCUGCUCUCUAACAACGCACUCACACAGCUGCCCGGAUCCAUAGGCUCCCUGAAGAAACUAACCGCUCUGAAAGUGGAUGAGAACCAGCUCAUGUAUCUUCCCGACUCUGUCGGAGGGCUGGCAGCCCUGGAUGAGCUGGACUGUAGUUUUAACGAGAUUGAGGCUCUGCCCUCCUCCAUCGGACAGUGUGUCAGCAUACGCACCUUUGCCGCUGACCACAACUUCCUCACACAGCUGCCCCCAGAGAUGGGCAGCUGGAAGAGUGCCACCGUGGUGUUCCUGCACUCCAACAAGCUGGAGUCUCUGCCCGAGGAGAUGGGAGACAUGACCAAGCUCAAGGUCAUCAACCUCAGUGACAACAAGUUGAGGAAUCUUCCCUACAGCUUCACGAAGCUCAACCAGAUGACUGCUAUGUGGCUGUCUGAGAACCAGUCAAAGCCCCUCAUCCCUCUGCAGAAGGAGGAGGAUCAAGAAACCCACAAGACAGUUCUCACCAACUACAUGUUCCCCCAGCAGACCAGAACAGAGGACUACAUCCCCAGCUCUGACAGCGAGAGCUUUAACCCCUCCCUGUGGGAGGAGCAGAGGAAACAGCGGGCCCAGGUGGCCUUCGAGUGUGACGAGGACAAGGAUGAGAGGGAGACGCCUCCACGGGAGGGCAACCUGAAGCGCUACCCGACACCAUACCCAGACGAGCUGAAGAACAUGGUGAAGACGGCCCAGUCAGUCGCCCACAGGCUGAAGGAGGACGAGUCAGGGAAGGAUGCCAGACCUAGCGAGCGUAACCAUGUGGGAGUGCAGGACGUGGGAGUCAAGGUGAUUGAGGCUCCCUGUGCCAACGGCAAGCCAGUGGAGAUGGAGCCCAAAGCGCCUGUCUGUGUCCAGGACUCCACGGCACCCCUGGAGACCUCUGAAUCCUACAACUCCCAGAAGACCUCUCUCCGAACCUCCGACAACACCAGGACCAUGAACCAUGAGGACACCCUGGAGUCUUUUUCUCUGCAGGACUCCGAGGAGCUUUCGUCUGAGGAGGAGGAGAUGAAGAUGGCGGAGAUGAGACCUCCUCUGAUCGAGAUCACCAUCAACCAGCCCAAAGUGGUGGCCCUAAGUAAGAACAAAAAAGAUGACGGUAAAGACGCUGACUCGUUGCUGGACGAGACGGUGGCCAACAGCAAUCAGAACAACAGCAACUGUUCGUCCCCGUCGCGCAUGUCGGACUCUGUGUCUCUGACCACGGACAGCAGCCAGGACAACUCCCUGUGCACCCCCGAGAGAGAGGCCAAGAUGCCCUUCCUACCCAAAAGCAGGCAAGAGGAUGUAAACAUGAACCAGCGGAAGGAGAGCACCCCUCUCCUCCAGAACGGCAAUGGCUCAGCCACGUCCCUGCAGGCCCUCCUGAAGACCCAGCAGGGCUACGAGUCUAAGCCCGAGAAGAUGGUGGUUGACUACGACCUGUCCAUGGAGAGGCUGGCCUUCAUCGAGAAGGGCAACAACAACGGCAUGGGUGACGCCUACACCAAGUGGGACCAGAUCAACAUGAAUUUGGCCAAGCUGCCGCCUCAUCCGGACAACAUGGUGGUCCAACCAGACGACCGCCCGAACGGCUCAAGCGCCAAGGAGGACUUUAACCACUUGCCUCCCCCGUAUAACAAUGACAACUCUACGGCGCCCAUCACGGACCACUUGAAGAACGGCAACCAGCUGGGCGACCACUUCAAUAGCCACUCCAGCGAGGGACUGGCUGUGUCGCCUAUGAGGGUGGACUCUGCCACGUCGAUGGUGCGGACGGCUUCUGCGGGCGUGACGGCCAGCAGCAACAUGUCUCUGUCUCGCAGCACCGAGGAGCUGUCCCCGGAGAAACGAUGCUCCCCUCCUGUAGUGGCGAAGGCUCAGAGCAUCACCAACAUCGAGGCGGGGGUGAUGAAGCUGUACUCCUUGGACGCUGAGGGGGGCUCCUAUGAGGGUGGCGUGGUGGGCAGGAUGGCCGGAGCCGGCCCGGGAGCCCAGGGCCAGAGCAUCGUCCGCAGCAAGUCAGCCUCCCUGCUCAACGACCAGCCCUUCCAGGUCUACUCCGGUUCCUCAGCUUCCUCCUCCGACCUGCUCUCCAGCUCUUCCAAGCCCCCCGUCAGCACCGGCCGCUACCCCGUCCCCUCUGGCAUGGCCAUGGGCCCGCCGCCCCAGUACAAUGUCCAGUACUCCAGCAGCACCAUGCCCAAAGACGGCCUGUGGACCCAGAGGACCCCCAUCCUCCCCGACCAGGGCUUCCUUCCUCCGCCCCAGCAUUCUCUGGCCAACACCAACUACUCCAACCGCAACCAGGCUCCUCCCUACCUCCUCCAGGCCCAGCAGAGAGGCCCGCCCACGGGGCCCGCGCCCGGUGAUAUGUGGGCUAAGGAGAGACACCUGCCACUCGGAGGUCAGCCACGGAGCGGCACCCUUCAGAGGCAAAGCAGCAGUAGUUCCUCCAUGGGGGACCCCCGGCGCAUGCAGGUGCCCGAGGGAGAGUACAUGACGUACAGGGACAUCCACACCCUGGGCCGGGGGCCGCUGGCCGUGGCUCAGGCCAUGCAGAGGCCUCUGUCGGCCCGUACCUACAGCAUUGACGGGCCCAGCACCCCAAGGCCCCAGAGCUCCAGGCCACAGCCCCACGAGCUGCCCGAGAGGACCAUGUCAGUCAGCGAUUUCAACUACCAGCACGUCAGCCCCAGCAAGAGGCCCAACGCCAGGGUGAAGUCCGAGCACUCUUUGCUGGAUGGGCCGGGAGGACCGGGAGCAGGAGGAAGGGUACCGGUGGACUGGAGAGAUCAGGUGAUGCGCCACAUCGAGGCCAAGAAGAUGGAAAAGAACGCCUUGUCUCGGUCCUAUAAUUCCAAUUACGCCCCACUGAGCUGCUCCUACUACGGCAGCUCUCGGGACGUGCACCACUCAGGCAGCCAAGGCUCUCUGGUCUUUAGUGCUGCCGCAGACGGACGGCCUUAUGGAGCCCAGGGCCACUGUGAUGACGUGUUUGGACCUCAAGGGCAGCAGGGCUACACCAUGGACACCCUCCGACAAGUGCCUUCGUUGAACGGUCAGCUGGGCGGUCCGGUGCGUGGCCAGAUGACGUCGUGCCAGACGCCUAUGGCCCGCCACCCCUCCAGAGAGCAGCUCAUCGACUACCUGAUGCUCAAGGUCUCCCAUGGCCAGCAGCCCCAGGGGCCCCCUCCACCACGGGCCGACCACGACACACUGCAGCAGGAGUUCCGGGUCAAAGUGGAGAAGAACCCAGAGCUCGGGUUCAGUAUAUCAGGAGGAGUAGGAGGACGGGGAAACCCUUUUCGCCCAGACGAUAAUGGCAUCUUUGUGACAAGGGUCCAGCCUGAGGGACCUGCCUCCAAGAUACUCCAGCCUGGAGACAAGAUCCUCCAGGCAAACGGAUAUAGCUUUGUGAACGUUGACCAUGGGAAUGCCGUGGCCCUGCUGAAGACAUUUCCCACCACUGUGGAUAUGAUCAUCAUCCGAGAGUUGGCGGCAUAGAGAGAUACAGACGGGACUGUGGAGCGACGACCUCCAAUCCUUCUUGUUUUUAUAUACAGAGGAGCCUGGUCUAUAAAUAGAAGAACUGAAGUGCUUUAUGGGAAAGAAAACCUUCUAGAGCUUUUGGGAUAACGGGGGCCGAACCACUGCAUCAAGUGGACUUGGUGAGGGAGGAGAGGGACCUGGGGAGGAGGAGAGGGAC